AUGCUUUCCAUAGUUAAUGCUAUUCCACAUCAACUUCAUAAAAGAACUACUAAUUUUGGAAAAUGCACUCUCCCCCCUAAAGCUCCCACUCCAGACCUACUCACUGUAACAAUUUCACCUGAUCCUGUCGUCCCUGGAAAAAAUGACACUUUUACUGUUAAUGGAAAACUAACAAAACCCAUUACCUCAAGUGACGAGCUUGUUAUUGUAUUUGCUAACACUUCAGGUAUAAUAGGCGAUAUCUUUAGAACGAAACUUCCAACUGGAACCGUAAAAGUUAGUGUAACAGAAAAUGUUCCGGUGCCAUUCUCAUUACCUUCAGAUUACAGGAUUGGAGUUGCUAUUGUCGACCCAUCUUUUGAACCACCGGAUGUUAAAGCCUGUGCAGUAGCUUUUGUUGGCAGCCCCCCUCCUUCUCAUGAUGCUCUG